AUGAUAAGAACCAAGUUACUCCUCUUGUGCUGCUUUGUUUUAUUGAAUAGCGCUCUUGUUUUCGGUAGAAUUGAUGGCUGGAUUCAAACCAAUGCUAAUACUGGUAGAUCGAGAAAUUCUGAUCUCGGAACCUAUGAUUUACAAAGAGAUGUAAUCAAGAUGUAUGAUGGUCUCAAGUUAAUCCCAAAUUCUAUUGUAAUGCCUGUCUAUGCUUUGAAUUUCUGUGGUUUGAGUGUUGAUCAAGCAAGUGGUGGACAAGUUAUUGUUUGUAUUGAACGUGAUGGUGGAAUGAGUAGUAGUAAGGUUAAAAUUCCAAAGGAAUAUGAAUUGAUGGAUGUCUUGCCAGUGAUGGAUGAAAACUUUGGAUACUAUACUGUUAGAAGAAACACUACUAAUGGAGUUUCAUUCGUUUUGAGAUCUUCUAUUUUAUCUAAUGAUCAAAACAGUCAAGUUUUAUUCGAUACUAAAACCAAUAACAAUAUCCAUGCAAUGGUACUUACUGAUUAUGGUUUGAUUAUUGCUUCUGGAAAUUUCAUUGUCAAUGUUGAUAGAAAGAGUGGUAUUGGUAAUUGGAUUAUUAACCUUUCAGGAAUUCAAAGUGGAUGUCAAUUCUUGUAUGAUCUUUCUCAAUCUGUACCAACUUUGUACAUUUUGUACAGUAGUGGAAUUACUGCAAUCCAUCCUCAAACUGGUGCUACUUUAUUGGCCACUCCAAGUAACUUUUACAUUAACUUUGCUCCACAACAUGCAUUCUUGACUGUAGGAAAGGAUUUCUUGGCCAUUCCAGAUAAGAGUUAUGGAAAUUCUGUUUCUAUUGUUGAAAAACGUAAUUUGCAAAGAGGUAUCAUUGCAACAGUCAAAUUGGUUGGAAAAAAUGGUAUUUAUUUCCAAUUAGAUAAGUGCUCAAAUCUUAUUUCAAGAGAUACUAACUCAUUCUUCCUUUCAUGCAUGAAUGCUGAUAGUUCAUUGUCUGCUUUGAGAUUCGAUGUAACCAAUACCACAGUUACAUUGGGUUAUGAAAUUAACGCCAAUUCAUUGUUUGGUAUUCCACCAAAAGUUUGUUCAUCUCAAAUUGCUGCCUACGGAAAGACUGCUUUUUAUGGUAUGGCAUGUGAUGUUGGUUUGAUUGGUUUCCAUCAAGAUAACAUUCUUGUUCCAAGAAGAGAAAUUCACAUUGAUGUUGCCCAUGAUACUCAAGUUUAUGGUACUUUGGGAAGAUUUGCAUUGAUUACAAGCAACAAUGGUAAAACUCAAAUCGAAUUUGUUUACAUUCAAUAA